AUGGCCGCCCGCAAGCGACCUGCCGCCGUCCUUGACGCCGGCCACGCGACCACCAUUCAAGGAUCGGCGAGCUGCAGCAAGAGGAGCUGCACCAGCAUCGGCAGCACGGACGAGUACGACGAGAUUACACGCAUCGGCGAGGGCGGCUUCGCCGUCGUGUACAAGGCGCGCCACUGCGUCACCGGCAAGACCGUGGCUGUCAAGUGCCUGUCCUUGCCGGACGACACCGAGGAGUCACCCGACGACGCCGAGGCCGAGGCCGAGCUCCUGCGUGAGGCCCGAUUCCUCGAGACCUGCAGCGGGAACCCUUACGUCGUCGGCUUCGAGGGCCUCGUGCGCGACCCGACCAACGGAGACCUCUUCCUCGCCAUGGAGUACGUCGCCGCGCCGAGCCUCCAUACCUUCCUGUGGGGCAGGCGCCACGGCCCUCCUCUGCCAGAAACCGAGGUGCGCUCCUUCAUGUGGAAGCUACUGUCCGGAGCCAAGAUGAUGCACGACCGCCGCGUCGUCCACCGCGACAUCAAGCCGGCCAACAUCCUCGUCGGCCAAGGCGGGGAACUCGUCAAGAUCUGCGACUUGGGGCUGGCGAUUUCCAAGUCUGAGCUUCCGCCCUACACCCAGGCCGGCACCGCGUGGUACAUCGCCCCCGAGAUGCUCCUAGGGAAGCCGGACUACGACGCGCGGGUGGACACAUGGUCGCUCGGGUGCGUCAUGGCCGAGAUGCUCACCGGCAAGUCGCUGUUCCUCUGCGAGGAUGACGAUGAAGAUGACGAGGAGAUCGACGAAGAGAUCAAGGACGAGAUACUUCAGCUCCGGAGUAUCUUCCGCGUGCUCGGGAUGCCGGACAAGAGGACGUGGCCGGGGCUCAGAUCUCUGCCGCUCAGCGCCAAGGUGCUGGAACUGCUACCGGCGGAGCACAAGCGCAACAGGCUGCGAGACAUCUUCCCGGAAGAGAAGCUGUCCAAGGAAGGAUUCGAGGUGUUGCAAGGGCUUCUCACGUGCAACCCCAACAAGCGGCUCACGGCGGCCAAGGCGCUCAAACUCCCAUGGUUCAUUGCUCCUCGCCCCGUCGUCGCUGCAGAGAUCGACGCUUCCGUCGCCUCACCGACAAAGAAGACGCCGCGCAUCAAGUUCAUCCCGCCGGUGGUACCAGAGAAGAUUACCUUCACAAUUCCAUUGGCGAUGUGGAACGCACAACGAGUGUAA